GACACGACUUACUAGUGUACGUGCUUGUAUGUUAGUGAAAUGUUACGAAGCGUCAUUUCCUAUUUCCUAUUUGCCGGAGGUAUCACAUCCUUCCUGGUGCGACCGGUUUCCCCUCUUGAUCCUCGAAUCGUGAGAGGUACAGUAACUGACAUACAGCAACAUCCUUAUCAAUUGAGCCUCCAGCGAGGUUUAUGGCACGUUUGCGGAGCCGUCAUCAUCAGUAAUAAAUGGGCUGUCACGGCGGCUCAUUGCGUUAGCGUAUGCUUAUCAUCGCGAUAUUUUCAUAUACCAGCGCGUGCAUUCCGUUGCAGUUCGCCGGCGAGCGUUUACAGACUUCGCGCAGGAAGUAACGACAAAUACGGGGGCGUCUAUUAUCCAGUUAAAGAGAUCGUUCGACACCCCGCCUACAAUUUCCUGACGAUCGAUUACGAUAUCGCCCUUCUCGAGAUCGACGGCGAAAUCGCAUUUAACGAUAAGGUGCAACCAGUGAAGCUGCCGGAAAAGGAACUCGCGAGUGGCAUUAUGGUGAACGUCACCGGAUGGGGAGCGGCGAAGGCAGGUGGAAAACCAUCACCAGUGUUAAUGAGAGUAACGCUGCCGAUCGUAAGCAGAAAGACGUGUCGAGGCAUAUACAGAUAUAUCCGCAGCAUCACCGAUCGAAUGAUUUGCGCGGGUUACAUGCGUGGCGGUCAAGACGCGUGUGAUGGAGAUUCGGGCGGACCCCUUACGGCGGAUGGCGUCCUGUAUGGAAUUGUAUCCUGGGGAUAUCGAUGCGCUGAACCGUUUUAUCCUGGUGUUUACACCAACGUUGUAAAUCUCCUCUGGUGGAUAAAGUGGAUCAAGUCAUCACUCGCGGUCAUCAGCGUGAAAAAAAUGUCCCAAAAAUUCAUUCUGUUAUUCUGCGUACUUCUAGUGUACACUGUUAAUACCGAAAAGCACGAAUAUGUGGUCAUCGAGGAUUAUCCGUACCAUGUAUCGAUCCAGAUAGCCGGACGACACGUUUGCAGCGGCGCAUUUAUACACGAAUCAUGGAUUAUGACUGCGGCAUCCUGUGUUUUCAGAGCAAAGUUGUCGACGGUAUCCGUACGCGUACGUUCUCCUUACAUUUCCAAGGAUGGCGAUGUAUUAAAGAUAGAAAAUAUUGUGGUGCAUGAGAAUUUUGAUAAGUAUGUAUACUUCAACGAUAUAGCAUUGAUGAAGCUAAAGAGUCCCGUAGAGUUUGGAGAAAAGUUGCUCCCUAUCGCGCUCCCGGAGAAGGAAAACGAGGAACUCCAGGACGGGAUCCAUUGUGUCGUGACCGGCUGGAAACGAACUCGGGGGACCAGCCCGAACGGAGUUCAGCUCGCAGCGGCCGCUGUGGCGAUCGUAAAUCAGCGUACGUGCAGGGCGACAAUGCCGAGCUACAAGCCGCUGUCUCGGGAUAUGUUGUGCGCCGCUAACGUGACUCACCCGUCGGAGACAUGUCAGGGUGAUCUAGGUGCGCCUCUAGUAUCGUCGCAGAUGCUGAUUGGCAUUCUAUCCUAUGGAUUAGGUUGCGAAACCAGGAUACAUCCAGGUGUCUAUACUCGUAUCAGCAGCUACUUACCUUGGAUCUUUACGAACACUGGUGUCUCUUACAAAUGAGGCAGAAUAUAUGAUCGUCAAUUUUAAUUAACUAUAUACAACUUAUAGCACAUCAUGCUUUUCUUAUUAUAAUAAAACAAAUUCUGCAAA